AACGAUAAUAGUAAAAUUUCUCUCCGUCUGGAUUUAGAAAUUCGUUUUUUCGGAUUACCGAUAUAUAAAGAAGUUCUAUUUAUAAAAUACUUGCAAUUUUUAUUAAAACACAACUCUUGCAUAACUUUUUUCGAACAGUUGUACGAAUUUUCAAAUUACAAUUCUUUAUUACCCCGAGUUCAGCGUGAUUUUAAUCAGUAUUGGAUCUUGUUGAGUAGUCCACGCUGGUAGAAAUCUAUCCUGGCUCGGUUUAAAGCGCGACGAAGAUGCGCUCGCUGCACGAAAUAUGAUAUCUCCGAGUAAUAUGCUCUUAAUCUAUUUUUCACAUCUCUGAAAGGGAGUUCAAACACAUACUCCAACACCACCAAAGAUGCGAGACUCUUCUCUGGCGCCUGUGGGUCUCAAGGCGCUGGAAGGACUUGGGUUGAACACAAGUUUCGACCAAACAAAUUAAUCGUUUGUCUCGGACUGAGGUCGUGACUUGUCUUUGCAAUAGUAUGGGGUCCUCGCACUUUAGUAGCACACGGGAUUAGUUUUUAAUUUUUUGUGUGUUUAGAUGACGCCAUGAAUUGAGAUUUACUAAGCCACUUUGAUAACAUUAAACCUCGAUUUAGUUCGUCAAAUCUUGACUGUGGCCAACCUUCCAAACCUUAAAAUAAUGUGCUAUAUAAAAGAUCUGGAAGUGCCACACCAGACUCGAUACAAGUCAUUUUCUUAUUGCAUCAACCGUCCUGACGUCAUGCAGUGGCCAUUAAUUAAUGAGAUCAAAAAGAUUUUCGGAAAUAAUCCAACGUGGUUGCCAAGGAGCAUUAUUAUUUGCCUCCAAGUUAAUUUACCCGAAAAUGUCUGUUCUUGCUCGAAUGGAUGUGUUUGCCCAUGUUGCGCAAUGAUGGGAUGGAAAGCCAUUUGCCGUGUAAUAGGCUUCUUUCAACUUAGUUAAUGGCAGAGUAGAUUUUCAUCGCGCAGGAGCAUUAAGUGGCGCCCCUUGGCAGUAAUAGGGCCUUAAAUUGCGAGCCGCGACUUUUUGGAGUGCUUGAAAUAGAUGGUGCGCGGCGCGGCGCCCUCUUUCCAUCCGGCACAGGAAGCACACGCGGGUUAAAAAUAGGCCUUCUUCUGUGGCUGCGUUUUUGCUCGGCGCUAUUGACAUCAGCGCGUCUGAAAGGAAGAGAGAAGAGAAAGAUCGAGGGCGGAGCGGCGGCGGCAGCAGCAACGUCAACAAGCGGCCGCUCUUGAUGCACUGGUUGAUUGUUUUUGCGGCGGCUAAUUGAGCCGAAGAAUGGCCAGCAGCAGCAACAGCAGUGAGUGGGCCUCCAAGCCCUCGUGGGUCAGCAGCGCCUCGGAGCACUCGCUGCCGAGGCGCGUCUUGCGGGCCAUGCGCCGCUGGAACCCAAGAUCGUGCCGAGCGCUGCCCAGCAUCGGCAACCAGCAGGAGUCCGCAGUCCCCGCCAACAGCCCCCUCGACCUUGACAAGAAAAUUGGAGCCAUCUGUACAAGAAAGGUGGAAGUGGCUAUGCACCGCGAUGAAGAUGGCAAUCUAGGCUUCAACUUGCGCUAUGGGCCGAAGUCCAAUGACCUGGCUGAAAGGAAGGCCCUUGUGAUCACCAAAGUGAAGCCAGGUGGACCGGCGUUUAGGUCGGGAUGCAUCAGAAUCGGCGACCGACUAGUGGCAGUCGAAGGAGUUUCCCUUCAGGGCAUGAGCCUACAGAAGGCUCAAGAGACUUUGCGCUCUAAAGAAGGGUUUUCCCUGACCAAACUUACCCUGGAGGUGGACGUGGUGCAGCCAGCAGUGAGGACCCUAAGCAGAAAGGGGCCGAUCCUGGUGGAGCUUCACAAAAUGGGUGGUGACCAUUCGCUUGGGAUUUCUAUGUGCGCAGACAAGGGGAUCGUCAUAGCUGCCAUUCAGCCUGGCAGUGUUGCUUACAGGAGUGGCACUCUUCACGUUGGAGACCAGAUCAUUGCUGUGAACGGAUGCGAGGUCAACUCAGAAACAGAGGUGCUGCACCUGAUCGGUACUAGUCCAACUGUGUUCCAUAUGGAGGUAAUGCCAGGUCGGAGGGAGGGCUCUGCAAAGAGCCUGAAACCGCCGAGCAGCCCCACCAGCAGCAACUACCGCUUAGGCUCCACGUCGACCCUGAACAGCAGCAUAGGCACGCUGAAAUCAAACAAGUUCACCAAGUCUGAGUCCACAUUGACGCUGCAUGAACGGAGCCUGCGGAGUCGAAGCCACAGCCAUAACAGCGUAAGUCACUUGGAAACCCUGGCCGUGACGUUACACACCGCCAGUCAGCCUUGUGGCAUCACCCUGGAGGGCUCCUGGCCACCCGUCAUCGCCGAUAUUGAGCCUGGAAGCGCCGCGGACUUGUGCGGAUGUUUGCAGCCAGGUGACAGGAUUCUCAUAAUCAAUCAAACGCGCUGUGAUUGCUUGGCUGGUUCUGAAGCCUCAGCUCUCCUUUCGCAAAGCUCACCCAUCCUGAAGCUCCAUAUACAGUUUGAAGUUCUCGAAGCGGUCGUCCCAUCCAGUGGAGUAUUCUAUGUUAAGUUAGCCCGCAGCGGCACCUCAGACCUUGGCAUUUCUGUUUCUCCCAUGAAGAUGCCAGGAAACGCUCCCAUCAUUUCCAAAAUCAGGAGAGGCUCAGUGGCCCACCGCUCUGGUGCUUUGCAGUGCGGUGAUCAGUUACUGGAAAUCUGCGGCUCCCGACCUGGCACGCAGGAAGAGGUCAUCAGGGUGCUGCAGCUCGCCACUCGGCAGGAAGUUAUUUCGCUCAAGAUUCUCAAGUGUGUCCGAUCUCGAAGCAGUUUUGCGAACAACAACCAGCUGAUGGAGAAGAACACGCAAGUGUACACAGUUGACCUGAUUCGGAUGGGUGGUCCUCUUGGUCUGACCAUCUCUGGCGCUGAGCAGCGAGACAUGCCCAUCACGAUUUCAGCCAUGAAGACAGGUGGACUGGCCGAUUCGACUGGGCAGCUCAGCGUAGGCGACAAGCUGCUUUCCAUCAAUGGAUACAACCUCAACGGAUGCAAAUUAUCUGAGGCCUAUGAGAUUCUGCAAAACGCAAAAGACACUGUCACCCUGCAAGUGGCGCGAUCAGACAUGUCCAGCGCUGCCUCGGUGCGCACGCUCGGCCUCAGUACUUGCUCUACCUCGUGGAAAAGCUCUACCGAAAGUGAUCUGUCCACCAUGGAACAGUCUGAAGAUGGAGACUGCGUUCUACACAGUUUGAAUGGUCGGGCUGAGUUCAAAAGUAAGCUGACUAACUCGAGCUCACAAGGUUCAAUCGCAACCAGCAGCUGUCUCUCUGAUGUCAACAAGGUGACUUUGUACAAAGAUAACGUGUACGAGGAUUUUGGCUUCAGCAUUUCUGAUGGGCUUUACAACAAAGGAGUUUAUGUGAAUAGAAUUAGGGAGGGUGGACCUGCUGAUAAGAUCCUGCAACAUUUUGAUCGAAUUCUGCAGGUGAACAAAAUAAACACUCAAGACUAUGACUGUUGUUUGACAGUUCCAAUUAUUGCCAAAGCUGGAGAUAAAAUUGAGCUUGUGAUUGCACGCAACCCAUUCGCAAUGGUGCUAAACAAAACCGAGGAGGAUGAGUGGGUUGCCGAUAAACCAAAUUCAAUGCCUUAAAAGUGCCUUUACUUAUGAUUACAAUUAUAUUAUCUAGCUUUUAACAUUACUUUCAAGAAAAAUGUUGUUCAACUUAAGAUCCAUUAAAACUUUUCGUGAAUUUUUGGAA